AGUGGUUCAGGGAAAUGUGUUUCAGCAACAAGUCACAUUUAAUCUUUUUAUAGCUGCAGGAUCUAACACACCAGAACCAGCCCUCUACUUUCCAGCAACGUUAGUGUACCCUCCUACCCACACAUCUUCCAGUACCUCCACCAAUCAGACAGAUGGUAUAGCUUCAUUUCUCAAAGGAGGUUACACACCUCAACCAGCCUUAUCAGUCACCCCCUCUCCAGCUCAGACUUUACCCACAUCCAGCACUUACACAGGUCAGAAGGAAGAUAAAGCAAGUGAACUACUUUGUACUGGAGGUUCUUCCCUGUCCCGUAUCACCAUGAGGGCUUCCGGUCCUAGAAAGGAACGGGAUCACCUGGGGUCCCAUUCCUAUAGUGGCACAUCAGGAGAGGAUGAGGUGAGGAUUGUACUCCUGGGAAGAACUGGAGUCGGCAAAAGUUCUGCUGGAAACACAAUUCUUGGAGAGAACGUGUUCAAUGCAGCAUGUUCAGCACAGAGUCAAACACAGAUCUGUCAAAGACAUGAAAAAGAAAUCAACGGCAAAAGAAUUGUUGUUAUUGAUACCCCUGGCAUUGUUGAUACUUUCAGAUCAGAGAAAGAACUUAAGAAAGAGGUAAUAUCGUGUCUCGUAGAGUGUGCACCUGGCCCUCAUGUCUUUAUUGUAGUGUUGGAUGUAAAAUACUUCAGUGGUGAUGUUCUUUCUCACAUGGUGUUGCUUUUCACACAUGGUCAUAAUCUUGAACAGAACAUGACGAUCCAUGACUUCAUAAAUCAGCUUGAUGUUGAAGGGAAAACACUGAAAGAUCUUGCUGAGAAAUGUGGAAAUCGAGUUCAUGUAAUUGACAACAAGUUCUGGAACAAUGAGAGCAGAGUUUCAGCUGUGUUAGCUGAACUAGAAAGGCUAAACAUUUCUCAGCAGACUAAGAACAAAACUGUUGAAGAAAUUCAGGCAAACCAAACUGAUGAAACUCCAUGGUUUAACAUACUGUCAGAUCCAGAUGCCAAUGUAGAGGCAGAACAUCGAGUUGAAAGUGGAGACCAAAGCAGGGAAUACCGAAGCAACAGAUUCCAACUCACCCAGCUAAUGAAGUCCAUAAAUAACAUCUUGAUAGAAAAAAACAAAGAGCCCUACAAAAACAAAGCCUUAGAACAGACUGGAGAAGCCAUUAAAGAAGAAGUGAAGAAAAUAAUACAGGCGGCGAAAAAUGAGGGGAAGAUCAGAGAUGUGACAGAAGUGGAUAUGGUUGAGAUCAGGAGGCGAGCAACAGAGAGAGUCAGAACCAGGACAGAGUUGGCUGGUGUAGUUACAGAAAUUGUAACCGGAAGCACGACAACAGCAGUGUUAGUGAAAGGUCUUAUAAGCGCAGGAUGGAGAAGGCUAACUUAUCAAAAACCAUAG